UUUUUAUUCGACCUACUUAUCUUAUACAACCUCCGUCUUCUAUCAAACACAGAAAUUCAUCAAUGGUUGGCUUCUAAUUUUUUACCAAAAUUCCAAGGGUAGCAGUUAAUAGAUUCGCCACUGUGUAUUAUCCUUCUUCUCUAGAGUAAUUCGCUGAAGAGAACCACAGUAAUCACCUGAAAUGCCUUCAAAUGUCCAUCAUUAAUCAUCAACAACCACCAUUACUUGUACUGAACUCUAUGCUAUCCUUCUUUUUGUGAGUUCAUCCUCUGCUUUAACAAAUGGUGUAUAUGGCGGCAAGCUUUUCCACCGCUUUACUACUACAUCGCUUUACUCUUGUCUUUCCUUUAUCCAAUUUAUCUUCCAAACUUACACCAUUUCACACCACACAUCAUCGUAGAAAACUACGAUUUCAUCCAUUUGAUUUUCGCAGCUCUUCAUUACCCGCUAUUUGUUCAACUACCCAGUUUAAUUCUCACAGGACCCAGUUAGGAAAAGUGGAAGAUAGGGAUAAUUUGGUUGUUCUUGGUAUUGAAACCAGCUGUGAUGACACUGCUGCGGCUGUUGUGACAAGCAAUGGUGACAUUCUUAGUCAAGUUGUGUCAUCUCAGGCAGAUUUGCUUGCCCAAUAUGGAGGAGUUGCCCCAAAAAUGGCGGAAGAGGCUCAUUUGAGAGCCAUUGAUCAGGUAACACAAUCAGCCCUUGAUAAAGCAAAUAUAACAGCUAAAGAUCUCUCUGCUGUUGCAGUUACCAUAGGUCCUGGAUUGAGCCUUUGCCUACGUGUUGGUGUCCGUAAGGCUCGAGAAAUUGCUGGUAGUUUUCAACUACCUAUAGUAGGUGUGCAUCACAUGGAGGCUCAUACUUUAGUAGCGAGGUUGACAGAUAGACAAGUGAAAUUUCCUUUCAUGGCCCUGCUUAUUUCAGGAGGGCACAACCUUCUGAUUCUUGCACGUGACCUUGGCCAUUACAUACAACUUGGAACAACCAUAGACGACGCAAUUGGCGAAGCAUAUGACAAAACAGCAAAGUGGCUUGGCCUUGAUUUGAGGAAGAGUGGUGGUCCGGCUAUAGAGGAGCUUGCUCAUGAGGGUGACCCCGAGUCUGUCAAAUUCAAAAUUCCAAUGCAGCAGCACAAGGAUUGCAAUUUCUCGUAUGCUGGUUUGAAGACUCAAGUGAAGUUGGCAAUUGCAUCAAAAGACAUCAACCCAGAAAUUCCACUUUCUUCUGCAAGUAGUCAAGAUAGAAGUUUGAGAGCCGACAUUGCUGCUUCAUUCCAGCGAGUUGCAGUGUUACAUCUGGCGGAAAGAUGUGAACGAGCGAUUGAAUGGGCAUUAAAGAUGGAGCCAUCAAUUCAAUAUUUUGUUGUCUCAGGUGGUGUUGCGUCAAAUAAGUAUGUAAGGGCGAUACUUGAUCAAGUUACCAAGAAAAAAGGUUUACAGCUUGUUUGUCCUCCGCCCAGCCUUUGUACUGACAAUGGUGUUAUGGUUGCUUGGACUGGCAUUGAACAUUUUCGGAUGGGAAGAUUUGAUCCACCUCCACCUGCCGAAGAACCAGAAGAUUGUGUGUAUGAUAUCCGUCCUCGAUGGCCACUGGGGGUGGAAUUCGCUGAAGGUAAAAGUGAGGCACGCUCCCUGAGAAAAGCUAGGAUGCAUCCGUCACUCACAUCUCUCAUCCAAGGCUCAACACAACCACUUUCGUAGCAUCGGCCAAGACCAUACAACUAUGAUCACAGUAAAUAUCUAUGAUUCAAGACUAUGCAAGGUUAACCUACUAAUUGCAUUCUCUUUCCAAAUUCUCCUUUGGCUAAUUAAUUAUUUUUAAGCCUUAAAACGAGUGAAUCGUCUUUAUUCUCAACUCUUGAUCGACUUUUUAGAGUUUGUAUCAGUUUCAAUAUCAGUUAUAAGUUAUCAGUAUCUGCAUUGAUUCAUUUAGAGUGGAAAGGAAGUGAUUGGAGAGAAUGAUUAUAUUCAGCCACAAAAUCGACAAUCUUGUAUAAUCCAACUUUUCGAUUGAGGGACAUCACUAUUUUCUUGAA